AUGAUGGCCUCUCAGGACUCAGCCCUACCUGAGCCGUUCACCAAAAUAAAAGGUGCAGAAAGAACCUGGGACAAGGCAAGAGAAGAUGAUGGAGGGGGCAAGAUAUCCUGGGUGAAAGAAAGAAACAGCAUUUGUGACCCAGAUGCUGAAGGCCUAAAUAGAACCCCUCUAGCCAAGCAGCUGGAAGAAGGAGGAGGAAACCUGGAGUUGUCCCCAUCUCCAGUACAGGGUGAAAAGCAUUUGAUAAUGCUGCAGACUGUGCAUUUGAAGGAAGGGGAAGACGACCUCCAGGGGGUCAGUCAGUUGAAUAUUCAGCAGCAGAGUGGGGUGCACAUGGUGGUACAACGAGGGGCAAGUGUCUUGCAGCCCUUGGUAGUAGUGCAACAGGGAGUAGGUGCUCAGCAGAAUCUACCCACAGGUGUAGCAAUAAGUAUACAGGAUGGUGUUUAUACAUUUCAUGAUGUGGAGGUGAUGCAGAUUAACGUUUUGCAAGAAAAAGUACAGGCAAAAGAUGAAGAAAACCUGUCCAUGGAUAAACCCCCAGGAAUGCUACUGAUUAAGAUUGAUAGAAGUAAAGAUCUACAUGCAGUUGAAGGUAAGGUCCAGCAACUGCCUCCAAAUGAAGAGGGAAGAGAAAAGGACAUUUUCACUGUUGAGAAAGCAAAGAUCUUGAGCUGUAAAGCCAAAGAUGAUAUGUCAGUGUCACACUGUGAACCCAAAGAGCAAGAAGAACAAGCAGUUAUAAAAAACACUGACACUCUAGAAGCUCAAAAAAACACACAGCAUAGGAAAAAAGGGGAAAAGGUGAUCUUCCAUUGUGAUCUGUGCGCAUUCACCUCUCUUAGAAUGUCAAGUCUUAAUCGUCACAUGAAAACCCAUUCUGAUGAAAAACCCCAUGUGUGUCACCUCUGCCUUAAGGCUUUCCGUACAGUUACUCUCCUGCGUAACCAUGUGAAUACACAUACAGGGACCAGACCGUAUAAGUGCAGUGACUGUGAGAUGGCAUUUGUGACCAGUGGUGAGCUUGCACGACACAGGCGAUAUAAGCACACUCUAGAAAAACCCUUUAAGUGCUCAAUGUGUAAAUAUUCUAGUGUAGAAGCAAGCAAAUUGAAGCGUCAUAUUCGUUCACACACAGGAGAACGUCCUUAUAACUGUUAUCUCUGUAGUUAUGCUAGCAAAGAUACCUAUAAGCUGAAAAGACAUAUGGUAACUCAUUCAGGAGAAAAACCCUAUGAAUGUUAUGUUUGUCAGGCCAGAUUCACACAAAGUGGUACCAUGAAAAUCCAUAUAUUACAGAAGCAUAGUGAAAAUGUGCCCAGAUACCAGUGUCCACAUUGUAAUACAUUUAUUGCAAGAAAAAGUGAUUUGGGUGUCCACUUACGAAACCUGCAUUCCUACCUGGCCGUAGCGAUGAAGUGCCGUUACUGUGAAGCUCUCUUCCAUGAGCGCUAUGCUCUUAUUCAGCACAAGAAAACUCAUAGAAAUGAAAAACGAUUCAAAUGUGAUCAAUGCAGUUACGCAUGCAAGCAGGAACGACACUUGAUUGUGCAUAAGCGUACACAUACUGGUGAGAAACCCUUCACUUGUGUAUGUUGCAGCAAAUGCUUCCGGCAGAAGCAGCUUCUAACUGUUCACUUCAGGAAAUACCAUGAUUCCAAUUUUAAACCAACAGUUUAUGAAUGCCCUAAAUGUGGCAAGGGCUAUUCACGCUGGAAUAAUAUGCAUAAGCAUGCUGAAAGCUGUGGAUUGGUGAGGGCAAAAUCUGUUACACGCCGCAAAGGAAGCAAGGGCAAAAAGAAAAGAUGUGACAGACUAAAACAUGAUGUUAAGCAAGAAGCUGUUGACCUGGGAUCAUUCCAAGAUGUUUCCUUUGUGAACACUGAAUGCUGUGCCAGUGAGAUUGUCCCUGUCGUAUAUGGAAUAGAAACAAGAACUCCGAGGGAGCAGAAAACAGAAAUGACUUGUGAAAUGAUCCUCAACAUGAUGGACAAAUAA